UUUUCUUGUUAUGUUUGUGAAAAAUCAACAUAGCAAUUAAUUAAAGAUCAAUUAAUUUGAAUUGUUUCAUAAGAUAGUUUAUUUCUAGUAGCAAUGUCUCUCAAGUCAAUUGUACUGACCAUAGUCAUUAUGGCUGUGUUAUCUUCAAUGAGCCAUGCAUUUGAUCCUAGUCCUCUCCAGGAUAUUUGUGUUGCUGUUGACGACUCCAAGGCUGCUGUUUUUGUGAAUGGAAAAAUUUGCAAAGAUCCAAUGAAGGUUGUGGCGGAUGAUUUCUUUUUCUCUGGUAUAAACAUGCCCGGAAACACUUCAAAUCAAGUUGGAUCGGCUGUAACUAAUGUGAAUGUCAACAAUUUACCUGGACUCAACACUCUGGGCAUUUCAUUAGCACGUAUUGAUUAUGCGCCAUACGGUCUCAACCCACCUCAUAUUCACCCCCGAGGAACCGAGCUUAUUACCGUCAUUGAAGGCACGCUCUAUGCUGGCUUUGUCCUUUCAAACCCUGGCCCAAAUAUGAAGAAUAGACUCUUUACCAAGAUUCUAAAGGCUGGAGAUGUGUUUGUUUUCCCAUUUGGUCUCAUUCACUUUCAAUUGAAUAUUGGAAAGACUAAAGCUGUUGCAAUUUCUAGACUGAGUAGUCAAAAUGCAGGAGUUAUCACUGUAGCAAAUGCAGUAUUUGGCUCAGAGCCACCAAUCAAUCCUUAUGUUCUCACAAAAGCGUUUCAAGUUGACAAGAAAGUUGUGGAUUAUCUCCAAUCACAAUUCUGGUGGGACAACAACUAAAAAGAUAUUUCAAAAUGUAUUGAUCUACAAAUAUUUAUGUCCUAUCUGCUUGUGUCGUAUAAAUAAGUAAUCUUGCAGCUAGCGGGAUUUCCUCUCCAUUAGUGUGAUGUAUUGGAUGAGGAUAUAUUAUGGCUUAUUAUGGAAUAAAAUUAAGUUUGUUGUGUGUGA